AUGAAGCUUUCCAUCUCCCUCCUGGCCUUAGGCCUUGCUUCGACCGCACUGGCAAAUCUCAAGGACUGCAUUACAGACAGCGCUUCAAUCAACACAAUUGGCCAAGUUUGGGACGAUCACACUGAGGAAAUGAGGGCACAGCCCGUGUUUCGUAUCAUGUGCCCCGACAUACACGACGAUGGAACGGCUUCCUGGUAUAGCGCGGAAAUACUUAUGAACCACUGCUAUGCGAACAUCAACCACAAUUUGGUGGAGCAGGCAUACGGAUAUGCCUUUAACUCUUACCCACUCAAUGAGAACAACAUGCUUGGUACCACGGACGACGCCGUCGAGGCUUUCAAUUUCUCUGGAAAUCCCCCUCGUCUUAAUUGUGCUGGGGGUAAGGUCAAGGCGAAAGGUCCUAAAGAUGAUUAA